UGGAUGUCUUUAUUCUAAUUAUUUUUUUAUUUUUUAUGUCUCCAGGUGGACAAGGCUGUGCUGUCUAUAAUGACAGACGAACAGAUGACCAAUUACAUCACUUCAUAUGGUGACAGAAUAGCAGUUCUGUCUUUUUGUCAGCAAAGUACACUUAUUGCAGAAAAAGAUACUCUUCUCCAGAACUUAAGAGAUAAAAUUGGAGCACGGAAAAUGAGAUCUAGGACCAAAAGAGCUGUUUGUAGCACAUCUGGUUUGUUCCAAAUGCAAGGGGUGGAGAUGGCAAGAGGAAGAAGUAAGGCAGCAGGGAGGACUUCGAGAAAAAUUGAAAUUGGGUGGCUUCAUUUUCACAUUGAUGAAUUCCAACAAGUGAGAACAAGAAAUGGUGGAGGAACGAGGCAUGCAACAGUGGAUAAAAGUACAACUGUUUCUCAAAUUCUUGAAAUGGGAAAGGAGCUUUUUUUUCCAGAUGGGACCUCCACCAAAGGGGUAAUUGAAGACUUUCUUUUUGAAGUUUGUGACUUCAAAAAAAAUCUGAUUUCUUUAGAUGAAACAGUCGGAAAUCUUUAUGAAAAAACCAAGCUGAAGCUUCUACGGUUUUACAUGUGCACAAAGAAAGAAGAAACAGUUCAGUAUUCAUCUGAAGAAGAUUGUCAAAGUCCUGAACAACCAAAUGACAUGGAUUCAACCCCAACAGCUAGAAAAGGAUCUUUUGGUGAAAUGGAGGAUUGUGAUGAUCAAACUUUGAAUCACCUAGACUCUUCCUACAACCAUUCUGGAGUUGUUGAUUUUACAGAUCCACCUCAUUCUGGAUCCACACCUCGGCAGCCCCAGCCCUUCAGCUCUGAAAAUUCUGGAUCUGUUCCACACAUGGAUGAGGGAGACACGGUUGUAUGGAAUCCUGAAGAGGACCUAAUUGGAUUGGAUGAUGACAGUGACAUAGUCGUUGUAACACUAAAUUAUGACAACACUGAAGAAGUUGUACAGGACGAUCUCAGCAGUCCCUUUGGACACGGUUCCCCGAUACUGUUGCCUUCAGCCAGGAGUCUCUUCUCAUCACAAAUGCAAACCAGUAAUAUGGAGGCAGGACAAACUGGCCAGGACUCUGGCUUGAUUCCACCCGAAGAUUCUCACCCAAGUUCAAGCGGUCUACUGCCCCAAUCUGUUUCAGCUGGUAACUCAGAAAAUCUAGCAAACCAUCUACAUGUGUCAAUUCGCAGGAUAAAGGUUGUGGAAGAUCUUUUGGCUGUGUUUAUGGAAAACAACCUUUUGAAUCAGACUUUAAAAAUGGAGUUUGUGAAUGAAAGAGCAAUCGAUGAUGCUGGGGUAUCAAGGGAGGUUUACACUGCAUUUUGGGAGCAGUUUUUGGAACAGUGUGAGGGUGAAACAGAGCGAGUUCCCAGGUUGAGGCCUGACUUUUUGGAUGAUGAUGUAUUGAUCCCAUCAUUUCUCAACUACCUCCCUCUAGUAGAGAGAUCAGCUGUUGAGAAGGCUCUACAGGGCACCAUGGAUCAAGGUGAUGAAGAGGACUUGCUAGACCUCUUCACAAGGAUGGGGUCCCACUUCCUGCCUCCCAAUGAGAACAUUCAGCAGGCCAUUGAAACCAUGGCUCACAAGAUGCUGUACUACAAGACCGAUCUGUUGAUGUAG